AAGAUCUUGACGUAUCCCGAGCGUACCUACUUUCACAACCGCUUUGGGAGACAUGACUAUGACUUGGAUCUUGCUGCACAGUUUCUGGCUGGCAGAUUUGCGGCGAAAGAAGCAUGCCGAAAAGCCUGUGAUCAUUUAGACAAGAACACGAGGGGCUUCAAGCAUAUUGUAAUUCUCCCAGUCACUGAACUUGAUCGUACAGAGCAUCAGAGUAGGAGACCAGAAGCCCUUGUUCUUUGGGAAGCCCUGAAAGAUCCCGAGAGAUCAACAGCUGCGCAAGAAUCCCUCAACGUACAGACCCUCGAAGGCCAAUUGUGCGAGAUCAGCAUCAGCCACGACGGCGAUUAUGCAAGCGCCGUCGCACUUGUGCCCGGCAUGAAGCAGAACCAGUUA